AUGAGGACUAGUCCGGAUGUGGGAUAUGGUCUCCUAAGCAGCGAUCUCCUCUUGCGGAGGGGUUCUGGAGCGAGUGUGCCGUGCCCGCCAGGCAAACGGUCCAACGGUGCGGCGCUAGGGAUUUCGAAUCCACCGCGUCAUCCAGCGAGUGCCCGACGAGUCGCGGUGUGCAGCAUUUCUGCGAGGUUGUGCACGCGCGAGGAUGCGGCGAGGACAGCCAAUGGGUGUGCAGGGUGUGCAAGGUGUGCGAUGGCGAUGAUCUGGUGCAAGCCCUCAUGCCCCAGCACACUCGUGGACGUUCGCUCACCAACACCGCCCUGGAACAAUAUGCAGGGCGUUUGGUGCACGCCCAUUCCGGAACUCCGCCCAGCAACGGCGCAUGCAAUUUACCCAGCAGAGAGCAGCACUCGCCGAAUGGUGAUGCUGCUGCCUCUGGCCCCCAAGCAGCUGCUGCGCUUGGGGGGGCUUGAGACGGCUGGCAGUUGCAGUUGUGCCUCUCGCUCUCGUUCUCGCUGCGGGACGGCCGUAAAGCUCGCGGCGCUAUCAGAGCUGCUUCCACCGUCACGCCGGGCAGCCGCUCUGUCGCACAGCAUAUCCAUACUCACGGAGAUGAUGACGGAUCCAACGAGUAUGCUGGCCAAGAGUCAUAGGGCUGGUGGUAAUGGAGCACGGCGUGGGUGCGGCACAGGGAUGUCGAGUGAACUGACCGCUGUAUCAAAACACAGACCGAUGGCAGAACCGCUCUAA